GGGGUCCCCAGCCCCCGCCGGCUGCCGGAGGAGCCCGGCCAGGUAUAGCGCGUCCCCGGCCCUGCCCCGGGCGGUACCGCAGGCCGCGGGGUGCCCCGGGGAGCCGAGCGAGGCGCGGGAGGCGGGCGGGUGUGCGGGUGGGGGCGCCCCGCGGUGCCAGGUGCGGAGGUGAUGCGGAGGGUGUCUCCCCGGGGCGGCCCACCCGCGCCUCCGCGCCGAGCCGUGCCGAGUCCGCUGUCCUUCCCCGCUGCCGGGGCGGCUCCCGGCCGGAGGGAGGAUCGGCGCUGCCGCAGCCCCGCGCCGAGCCCCGGGAGCGUUGGGGAUUAGCGAGGGCGGCGGAGCGGGGGGAGGCAGCGGUGCGAACCGCUUUGUGGUGGGGCGGGCAGGGCUCGGCGCCCGCAGGUGUCCCCGGGAGGGGCCGGCGGCAUGGCCGCGGGUCAGCGGGGACAGCGGGUCCUUUUUCCUCUCGUUCGUUUCGGGCGUUGCGUCUUGCUGUGUGUUUAUUGUUAUUUACGAAGGGAUGCGAGGUGAACCCGUGGGGAUGGCAGGAAGAGAAGUGCGUUCAGAAACGCGGGCGGCAUUGGCGCGGGGCUGGGCUGGGGGCAGGAGCCGAGGGCGCUGCCUGUGUUUUCCGAAAGCACAUGGCACGCUCGAAAGGUGGAGCAGAUGGUGGUGGUGCUGCUGCCUGUUACGGACCGACCGGGGUUUGUGGAAAUCCCGAGCUUCCUCUGGCUGAUUCCUGCGCGGUUUCUGCUGGCUGAAGGAGGUGACCUUUCACGUUUCUGCUAGGCAAAGAAAGUUGCGGCAAGUCUUCCUGCUGAGGGACGGGGUAGGUCUGUUUUUCCACAGAGAAGAGAACCCUCAGAGCUGCGCGUCUCCCUCUUGCCUUUGAGACUGAUGACAGUAAACGUCUCUGCGUACAGAUUGCAGCGUGCUUUAUUUUCUGAUUGCACACCUUUAUAGUUGAAUGCAACUAGAAGGGAGGCUCAACAUCUCUUCUUAUCCUUUUCUGUGCCAGAUGUGUUUUUUCUCUCUGGUAUGUAUUGCACUUGAAGUGUUAAACUCUCCGGGGGCACGGAGGUGGGGAUGUGAGGCGAGGUCUAUGAGUUACUUCAAACACUUCUCUGUGCUUGCACUUAAGAAGGAGAGAAGGGAACAUGUUGUAAAAGCAGCUGAGGAAUAUAUAAAAGUGAAAUAUUAAUGAACUAGAAAAGCUGAGAUAGUAAGACAUUGCGCCUAAUCAUUUAGGAGGGCUCUUGUAUGGCUGCUCCAUGUAUGCGUCUGUAGUACAAAUGCAAUUAGUAUAAAGGACAACAGGAUUUGUAUUUGCCUAGCUAGAAGUAAUAAUAAUGCAAAAACCUUUUUUGCAUUGGUGAUUAUCUCUUGGGGCUUGUUUUACCCUUGAUUUCUGAGGCUACCACGGAACUGUAUUAUUGCAGAAACAGUAAAAAAAAAAAAAAAAAAAAAAAAAAAAAAGUAUAUUUCAAGAAUGCUGUCUUAGAGAUGGAAUGCAGAAGGCUGACUCAGUCCUGAAAUUACUCAGAGGAUUAGCCUUAGAAGGCCCUCUUGGGGACGUGAGGAUGACUUUCCACUCUGAGGUAGUUGAUCUUCUCUGGUAUCCCAAGCGGAGAACAACUCAGGAGAAGGUAACAUGUGGCUGUCCAGGCUAUGUCAAGGUGUGUUGUGCCAACAAGAGAUAUUUUCUGUGGCUUGGAGUUCAUUUACCCACUGAAAUCAGGAGCGUGAUGGGUUCUGCAGUGUUUUGGCCUGUCAUCUUAACAUGCAUUUCCAGCUUUUGGGUUGCUUUGUACUUACAUGAGUGUAUGUGACUCAUGCUGAGGAACAUAGCAGGCAAACAGAUCCUCUGCUCUUGUAAAGACUACCUGGACCUCAGUGCUUGGAAACAGAAAGCGAUAGGACAAGUGUCAAUUUACACUGUUUGUGUUUGCCUUGUAGUUCAGUUUUCAUUUGUUUUCUGAAAAGACUGCCAGGAUGUUCCCUUUGGUGGUGGUGUGGUUGUGCCAUUUAUUUGUUUAUUUUAUUGCUUUUCAUUCUUAGAAAGAAGCGGAUACAAAUAGAAACUUUACCCAGCCCCAUUGGGAAAGGUUGCACACAAGAGCUGAGCUUAGUUUUCUUACUAACGGGGGCUGAUCCGUUUUCUGUUAGAUGCAGAAUUCUUGCAGCAGUUUCUCAGGCUGCUCACUGGGAGGAUUUAGUUGAGUAGGAAAGUGGUCUGUCAGUGCACAAAAUGUAGUCCUUGGCUGUGCGCCUUGUGGGACUUCUUGGAAUAGCUUGUGCACAUCAGCUUAUGACCUCCUACCUUUGGGAGAGCUUGGUGCAGGCCUGGGCAGAGGGAUGGACGUGGAGUCAGACAAGAUGACCUGAGACAAUAGGUAGGUACCUACCGUGUCUGGGUCAUGUGGAGAGAAAGCACUUGGUACUUAAGUCUAUGAGUCACUUACAAUGUUGAGAAGGUGAAGUCUUGUAUCUGCGUGUCUCAGUGUGUGGUUGUGCGAAAGCACCGUUGUGCCGCAUAAACUACACAUGUACAAUUAACAUUUCUCCUGAUUCAAACCUAAUGCCUCAAACGAUAUUUGUAGUAAAUGGCUGGACAGUGAACAACUUUAAAGUACGUUUGGGAGUGGUGUUGGUUGCUAGACUAAUUGUUUUCUAAAUUGCAAGAGAGACGUCUUCUCCAUCUGGCCCAAUUCCUGCUCUUCCAUGAAGAUUCAUGGAAAGUUGUCUAUCAGGUUCCAUGAAGGUUCAUGGAAGACACUGUGGCUUUGUUGGAUUAGCCUGUAUGGAGUAGAUGGGAGGUCAAAACUGCAUGCAGUCUAUGUAUGGUUUUCGUGUGGGGUUAUAAAUUGCACAGAGAAAAACAUGUUGUGAAAAUAAGCUUAACGGUAGAUUUUGGAAAUAGUAAAAAAAAAAAAAAAAAAUUGCAUGUUCUCAGAACAUGGCAUUUCCAUAUGGUUUUAAUUAAUGGUAGAUUAAAACAGGUGAAGCACUGGAUGUAAUGGUGUUUUUCUAUUGGCACAAGUAUUCAUGGAAAAGAAAAUCCAUAGACUCUUCAAGUCAAAUUAAUAGGCAGUGCGUACUUUAUUUUUAGAAUAACCACCAGCUUGUUAGGGGCAGGAGCUGAGCUGUAUUCUCUAUCUUGCAGAAGUUAACGCUUAUUAGAGGAUUCAGUGCCUCAGGUCUUCCACAGUGCAAGUAGUUUUGCUGAAACUGGAGGGGAAAAAAAAAAGGGAACAAACCAGGGUCUGCUUGCUGCUACAUAUGCAUGCUUCCUGAAAAAAUGUUUUUGCAGCUUCAUUGGGUUGCUCUCUCAUUAUCACAUGUUUUUUUUUUGGCCAUUUUCUGCAAUGAUAGUAGACAGUGUUACCUUGUUAAAUGGAAGUACGCACACUUGAGUUGUUAGGCUUUAGCUACUGCAUUUGUUGGCUGUGUGGGAUGCUAUGUAAAAUACAGCUCCUGUAAGCACUUAAAAUGCAUGGCAUGGCUUGUACCUGUAACAUUUCCUGCAUAUCCUUAUGCUUCAGCAGGAGCCUGUAACUUUGAGGAGGAGCAGCCAUCUAUUUCACAUGCAGUUGUAUUGAAAGCCAGUGCAGCUGUUCUCUACUUAACUGUCUGGUUAUUGUUAUUUACUGCUUUUUGUCUUCUCCUGCAUGGUGGAGUGUUAGCACUUAGAUGAUGUGAACUACAGCUCUGUGGCAGAGAAAUGUGGUAUGGUUUUCCAUUGUGUAGCAACAAAAUGUUAGUGUUUCCUGCAGAGGCGACUGUUUCUGUCUGAAAUAUGAUCUGUCCUAUGUGGGAUAGUUAUUUUAUCCUAAGGAUACACAAGGAUAGUUUAUAGAAGGGUAGUGUAAGGGAAAGGAAAACAUGGGCUGGCGGUAAUUGUGAGAAGAAAAAAACCCACACAUAACCAACAAACAAAAAAAGGCAAGAGUGUGCAUUGUAGUUUCUUGUACACGUUUUGUGAUUCUUCACAAAAACAAUAUAUUGGCAGCUAUUAAAAGAUUGAAACGGCGAUAUUUCUGAAUUGGUAAUGUUUUACUCUUAUCUUACUGGUUUACUGUACUAGUAUAGUUUGGUUGUUUAUUGAUAAUUUGGUGUACAUGUGGAAACUGCCUGCAGGUGUGGUAGCAGGACUUCAGCAUAAGUGGUGCAGCAUUUAUUCCUUGAAGUUUCUCCACUAGCAGAUUACCUCUUCUGUCUAGGAGUAAAAGCUUUUCCAGCAUUUUGUUUUGUUGCUAAGUGUGAGAGAAAGUAGUUCAAUCACUCCUAGAAUGUAGUGACACUUUUACAUUAUUCAAGAAUAUGCCACUUAAUUUUUUAUAAUGUUCUAGCAUAUCAGGAAUUUGAGAUUCGGCACUCAGUAGUGCUUCAGAGGGUCACUGCUGUCUUCCAGUGAGAUUAACCAGUUGUGACAGACUGGUAGAAAGCUUAAAAAAGUGCUCUUGGCCUCUACAUUUUUACAGUACAAAUCAUUGCGUCAGAGAAUAUAUUGGUUCCCAUGCGUUUUUAGCUUUGGUGUUCUUCUCUGGUGUGGCUUCUUUCACUCUUGUUCUUUUGGCUGUUUUUCUGUUCCUCCUUUAUGAUGUGCCAUCUUGAUGUGAUCUUUUCAAAUGUUUUAGUGAGAAAAUGGUCCCCCCCCCACCAGUGUUAGGGGGGUUGGAAAGAGAUAAUCCUAAGGUUCCUUCCAACCCAUGCCAUUCUAAGAUAUAUUACUAUGGGAUAUGUUGUGAUGUGAAUAAUAGAAUAGCUGCCCUGCCAAAACUAAGAUUGUCUUUCAUUUUCUGUAUUAAUUGCCAGCAUACUUAUUACCUUAGUCUGUACAAGAAAAAAUUAAAUAGGAAUUAAAUGUAUAUACUGUAACAAUGCAAGCGAUAACAAGUUAAUUUAAUUUGCAGUGCUCAGAAGCAUUAAUAUACUGCUUCAGUAAGCAAGUUCUUCCAUUAAUAUAUUAAUAAUUUUUCUCUUCAUAUUGCUGAAGGGAAUUGACGGGUAGAAAAUGCCAGUACAGAAAAUGGUGUGGCUUCCUAUGUACUUAUUUAGAGCAAAGUUAUGCUUUCUGUUGAUGGGGGUUCUUUCAGAUUUACAGACAUCCCAAAAUACCCUGAGAGCAGAUUAUACUCUUAGAUAAAUUCGUGGUGUCUAUUGUGCUUAAAAUUACAAACUAGCCACAGAUAUUAUUGGGUAAAUAUUGAUGCAUGUUAAUUUUGUAAUAUUUCUUGAUAUUUAAAAGAUGUAUUUUUUAAGACACAAAGCAUGUGUAGGAAAUAGCAUUUACAGACCAAUAUCACGUAACACACAUAUUAGUUUUGCUAUAUAUGUAGAAAUGUGAAUAUUGUGGUGUAAUCUCUUGUUGCAUGACUACACUUAAAAACAAACAAACAAACAAAAAAACAAACCCAAAAAACAAACCACACAACACAUAGUAUGUGAAAGCACACCUGCCCUGCUGGGAAGGACUUGGAGAUCCUGAUAGAUGAAAAGCUGGAUGUCAGCCAGCAGUGUGGUCUUGCAGACUGGAAAGCCAACAGUAUCCUGAGGUGUAUCAAAAGAGGGGUGGCCAGCAGGGAGAGGGAGGUGAUUGUCCCCCUCUAUUCUGCCCUUGUGAGGCUGCAUGUGGAGUACAGUGGUCCAGGCCUGGUGCCCCCAGUAUGGAAAGGAUGUGGAGCUUUUGGAGCGGGCCCAGAGAAGGGCCACAAGGAUGAUCAAUGGGCUGGAGCACCUUCCUGUGAAGAAAGGUUGAGGGAGUUGGGGAUGUUUAGCUUGGGGAAGAGGAGGCUUGUGGGAGACCUCAUUGAAAUCUUUGAAUACUUGAAAAGAGCUUACAAGCAGGAGGGGGGCCAAUUUUUUAUGCAGGUAGAUAGCGAUACGACAAGGGGAAAUGGAUUUAAACUGAAAGAAGGGAAGUUUAGAUUAGAUCUUGGGAAGGAAUUCUUCACUCAGUGUGUGGUGAGGUGCUGACACAGGCCAUCCAGAGAGGCUGUGGAUUUCCCAUCCCUGAAGGUGUUCAAGGCCAGGCUUGAUGCGUUCCUGAGCAAUCUGAUCUAGUGGUUGGCAACCCUGCUUAUGGCAAGGGAUUGGAUCCAGAUGAUCUCUGAGGUCCCUUUCAAUCCAAGUCUAUCUGUGAUUCUAUGGUUGUCUUUCAGAGACACUGUAGGAAGGCAUACUAAUUGUUCUGUGUACAUUCCUCCUUAGAGACUGAUGAGCUGCUAAGGAGCCUUAAGUGGAUAGGUACUUUCUAUUCUCUUUCAGUUUUGCCAUUUUACAAUGUGAAAGUAGAUGUGGCAUAAGGAAUGUGGUUCCCAAAGCUGAUGGCAGGCUCCACAAAAUGAUGUAGCCGAAUAAUGUGGUUUUGUUUUGUGUAAAUUAUCCAGUGUCUUAUAGGUAUAGUUAGUGUAGGGAUCAUACUGUGGAUAAAAGACUGAAGCAUCCUGAUUUGUUAUCAUUUUCAACUCAAUUUUUAUGUAUCAGUCAUAAGCUCCUUCGGAAGAGUUGUCUCUGUAGGGUAGUGGUUAAACUGCUACUGAUUUUAAUGAGAACUUGAUUAUAACUUUAAAUAAUAUUUUAGAAUAUUAUUUAUGUAUAUAUAUAUAAUAUUUAUAUUAUAUUUAGAAUUAUAUUAUAAAAUAUAACCAUAGAAUAGCUACAUAUAAGCUAUUUCUUAUGACGUGUUGAAAGUCCUGAAUAAUAGAAAAAGGAAUUUUAGAAUGGCUAAGACACUGCAAAUGCAAUUGACAUGAAUUAAGUUCAGUGUGUCUGAAAAUAAACUGAUCUGUACCUAGAGGCACCUAGCCUGUACUAAUGGCAAUUAUACGAAGGUGCAGUGCCAAGUGGGAAACAAGAUAUUUAUAGUUUUGACAAAGUUCAACUGGAGCAGAGUUUAAAAAUACCAACGAUGUUAAAAAUGCUCACCUGGAUUUUAAAUAUUCAGAGGAGAAACAUAGGAAAGUAGUAGGUAGUAUAUGAGGUUUGGAAAAGCUGUAUCUCAAAGUCAAGUUCAGAGUUGUGGAAAACAUGCAUAUGGAGUACAUGAGGAGGAAAUAAAAGGAACACAGAUGAGUAAGUUUGUCAACUGUUAGGGGCUGACACCACAAAUGACCUCUUUUUAUCUGCUAAUCUGUUUCAUAGCUGGUAAACUCUUGGGCAUCUGCUGAGAUGGGAGAAAUAAAAAAGGCAGAGGAGAGUUGGUGGGGAAUGAAAGUAAAGUCAGCUGUUCUGUUCUCCUGACUCUGUGCCUUUGUUCUACCCUUCCACAAAGAGGUUGCCAGAAGAAAUUCGAGGAUUAGUCACAUUAGCCAGCAAAGUAAUCUCUAUCCUUUCUUAAGCCCUCAUAUUAACAUCCUGAUCUUGGUCAAAUGGGUUUCUGAUGGCUGACUGUUUUUGCCACAGCCUCUGUGAGUUUUACACCAGUACUGACUCAUGGCUCUCAUUAAGUCAGUAAUGUACAAGUUGGGAGUUCUGUCUGUUAAAGGUAGGUUUUGUUUUAGAUUAAACUUCUAACAGGCAGAAAUUGGAACCAGAAGCAACAAGGCUGUUCUAGACUGCUAGAUCGGCAGCUCUGCUAUGCAUAUGUAUAUUAAUAUACGGGGAAGUUAGUCUGAACUUGUUUUGUUUAGAGUUAGUUGAGCUAAGGGCAUGAAAGCAGUUACCCUAUGAGACAUAGCUAAGGCCUGAUAUCUUGAUAAUAAAUCUGAAACUUUUGUGUCAAGAGACAAUUAUCAUUUAUGCCUACAGCAGUUUCAAAUUAGUAGUGUUAACAGAUGAUGAUGACUAGGGCAUUAAUAGAACUUGAAUGAAGUUCAUAGCUAACACAUCCAUUACUUUGCUGGGAGAGAUCCCUUUUGUACUCUAGACACCAUAAGGAUCAAUUUUCCGGGUAAAUACCACUAUUUAUAUAUAUGCAAUAUAUAUGCAAAUAUAUACUUGCAUAUAAUACAAGUAUUUGUGGAAGGUAGAAGGUAAGCUGCGUUGCUUUCAGUUAAGAGCUAGGCUUUGUUCCAAUUGUUGAAUAGUGAGUGUUGUGCAAUAGUUCAGAAAAACGGAUUUCUUUCAUUUACUUGCUUCACUGCAGUAAAAUCCAAAAAUAUGUUCAGCUUUUAAAAUCCACUCCCAGUUCUCUAAUAACCGAGGAGUGGAGAAGAUAACAAAACCAAGAAAAUACUACUCACUCUGUUUUGAGGGAGUUUAAAGUGUUAUGUGCAGCACGCUUCUGAAAGCUGUGUAUUAGCACUGCUCACAUUACAGCCGUGGUUAAAAAUGGCCUCAGGGUGAUACUAUUCACUGAAGAAGGUAAGCAAGUACUUACUACUGGAAAAUGUUGUGAGAACUUUAGAGUACCUGCUUUUACACAUUUUCAUUUGAUUAAGAUCCUACAGCGUAGUUGUUCUACUGUGAUUCUACAUCCUCUGAAAAUAGACAAGGGGGGAAAAAAAAGUAUGUUCAAAGGAAGCAUUUCUGUAUUCAGGUUUAUGAUUUGUUUUCUUCCCCUAUAGUUUACCUUUGGCUGGGUCAAUACAUGUAGCUUCCAAAAUGUUGAAGCUGAGCACCCGAGAAAUUGUAAAAUAUUUAUACAGCACUAUAUCUUGAUGCAGCAUUUUCUAAAUAUAGACUAAGUCCUUGUCCUAAAGAGUUUGUAUAGUUUAAAUAAAACGAGAUGUGACAUGACACAGAACAGCUUGAGAGAGGCAUGAGAGCUAAAGAACUGUUUCGAGAAUUUGAAAUGGACUUGAAAGGACAGUGAAAAUGAUGCUUCGCCAAACGACAAUAACAUCAUCAAAAACAAAACAAACAAACAAAAAAACCCAACAGAAAUACCAGAGUUUGAACUCAUCUGUUGCUUGCGUGGGGUUUUUAUUACUGGUUUGCAGAAUCUGUUAUUUCUUCUUAAUUUAUUAAAUCUAUGAAAUGUACGUAUAUGUUUUAAAGGUAAUAAACAGUGAAGGAGUUAAGAGCUGUUUGCAAAUACAUGCUUGUGGGACCAGAUCCUCAGCUAGUGUUACAGUACUGCUUCCUUUGGUGGAGCCAAAUGCUCUAUUGUCCAUGCCUCCUGUUUGGCCUUGUAUUUAGUACACUGAGCAGUAACUGCUGCUGCUGAGAGGGAGAUGGAGCAGGCGUGUGAGCUUAUGAACUAUGGUGCUUUUAGCAGUGGUAUAUUGUUGGUUCUCCUCCAUUCCUCUUGAAACUGGUUCUCUGUCCCAGAAGUAGAGAAUGAAGCUUGCAAAAAUUUGGUAUAAGAAGCAUGAAAGAAGUCUGAAACCUUAGUUAAAGUUUUAGUAAGCGUUAUGAAAUUUGAGGGGAGGAAGAGGCUGUUGUGAGAUCUCUGGUUGAGAGAAGAGCUUCCUGAUAAGGUCAUUCUUUGUUUAGUAUCAAAGUGUUGACCUAGAAGAGGAUUGUUGUACAUGUCUUGGCUGCUGGGAGCUCCUUGCGUUGAAACGAACUAACCACAGUAUGCAAAUCUAUUGGAAACUAAGCCUUGUUAGAUCUAGUAUUCAUAAUGAUAUGUGAGAAAAAAAGCCUGAGCGGCUUUCUUAAUCUUUUUUAAUUUACUUUUUGAUGGUCUUCCUCCUUCCCCCUAGGUUAUUUCUCUAUGACCUUUUCCAAAAGUUGUGGGUGGAGCACUCAUUCAGGGUGUUGGACUGAUGCCUACCUGAUGAGAAUUGAUUUGUUCAGGCCCGUAUCCCAGAUUUGUUUGCACCCCCUGAAGGCUUGAUUUUGUUUUUAAUACUUAACUGAAGUCCUCUAGGAAACAUGUUGCAGGUAUGGCGUUUUUGUUAAACUCAGCUUUUAUCUGAAAGGUAAUGGGUGCUGUAUUCUUAAGAUAGUCUGUUUUCAUUGACAUGCAGUGAAUCUGUCAGCAGAGACAAAGAAGGCCAGGCUUGACUUCUGUGCAGUGUGUGUUGUUGGAAAAGGAUGAAGAAAGUUCAAACAAAUGCUGCUGUCAUGGUAGAUAAGUAUCUGAAUGAAAGUUGCCUGUUACAGGUACCAGCUGAAGAUGGGAAACUGUGCCACAUUACCGGUCAGCAUCUCUUUGAUUCUUCUAGGUUAAGGAGGUGUAGGAAGUAGAAAAGCUUCAGAUAGAGGCAUGUGUUUUCUGUGUGAUAGCAAAACAUUUAGCAAUUAAUAGCGAAGAAAAAAUCCAAAUACACCGGAGUGUGCAAUCAUACCAAUGUUUUUCAGUGAUUUGUUGCUUUAGUAGAAAAUAAGCUUAAAAAUAAAGCAAAAGAGUCUUUGUGUCAGGGGAAACCUAACAUGUAGGGAAGCAUAGGUUUCAGUACUUGACUUCAGUACUAACAUUCAGAAAGCACAUUAUGUUUCUUAUCUGUAGCUGAUCACAGCUGAUGUUGAAGAACAAUGUAGAGAAUAAACGUACAAGAGAUGUCUGUCUUGGACUGUGAAAGGUAAUAAGAUAUGAGUGCUUGGCACAGUAGCAAAAGCAAAAACUACUCAUGUUGUUAUUUAUUUUGAAAAACAGGUUGGACAGACUGCUCUGUAGUGUUUAUUCAAGAGCAUAAAAUGAGCUUGGUUUGCUCUCCUAGUCAGGUUUGUAUUACUGUGAAACCACUUGCUGAGCUUGUAUGCAGAAAAUGUACCUGUUUGUUGGAAAGAAAAUUUAAGCUGAUAUAGUGGUAUGUUGGGGACAACAGGGCUGACUCCAAGGUGAAGCAUCCUUUUUAAGUUGGAAUUCUUGCCUUGGAAAUGAACAGAUACAAAACUAUCACGUUAGUUGUGCUUCAGUCAGUGUUAGUUGUACUCAGGUUGCUGUAUGUGUGUAUUAGACCUUUUGUAAUUUAUCAAUUAUUCAUAAUAAUGCAGGAAAGCUGCGUUUCGAGGGCUUUUUUAUUAUCUUGAAUGCCACAAAUCUAUAAUACUUAGAGAUUUACCAGGGGGAUUUAAUGAAUCUAUGACAAUAGAAACAAUUACAGAGGUGGUGGAAAGAAUCCUUGAAUGCCUUAUUUUUAUUUCCCUAGAGUUAAUCUUCACAUAUCAAAGUAAAUUAAGCAGAAUACACUGCUUAGAUGUGGUUUUUUUUUUUUUUUUUGGAUUCCCAAGUCAAAAGCUAUUAUGCACAAAAUGUAAUUCUCUUUAUUCCCUGUCCUACACUAUUUACUUGAAGUCAGAAUAAGUGCAGAAUCAUAUUCUACAUCCAAUCAUGGCAUUAAGGGAAAGACACCAGUUAUGUUAUGUGCAGUAACCUGUACAUACAGGUGCAAUAUAAGUAGGUCGCUCCAGAAGUCAUGCCUCCUGUUUAUUUCCCUGGAAACUACAACAGCUACGAAGAGAACAAUAACACUAUUUGAUCAAACAAAUUCUCAUCUACAGGACACUGUUUUUCAACGUAGUUACUGCUGUUAGCUGUUGCUAUCAAAAAUGCAUGAGAGUCUGCAUGCCGCGCUCAUAAAAGGCUGUAUGGCCAUCCAGAAUGUGGCUUGUCUUUCAUGUUGCUGUUGCCACUGUUGAACCAAACUACCUGCCACCUCAUUGUGCUCCCAUCUACUGUUCGAUGUCCAUAAAUGUUCAUCAAGCAUUGGUGAAUGUUAAUGGGUGCCAUGUUUUCCUCAUGAUGGAAUCAAAUGACGCACCUUUGCUUCAUCUGCAGUUCAGCAUCAGAUGUCACUUUGUCAGACUGCCCCUUUGCUGCCAUGUGUCACAUGGCAACAAAAUGUAACCAAAUAUUGGUGGGAAGGUUCAGCCUACCACCAACAUCCACCACUGAUAUCAUAGGUGAUCAUAAUAAAAUAGGAAGCUUAACUCUUGGAGCAGCCCUCCUAUAUUCCAUUAUUUUCCAUUAUUUCAAAAGCUACUUUGGCAUGACUUUUUUUUCCUGUUAAAUAGAUUGUUGCCAUUAGGUGAUUAAUGUAUUAAAGAUGAACUGGUAUUUUCCCUCUAAUGAGUGCUAGACCAUAGUCAUAUCAAUCUGGGAAGAUUUUUGUAAGGGAGGCAAUGUUUUGCCAUGAGUCUAGUUUUCAAAAUCAAUUGAGUAUCCAUGGAGGUGUGCUCUCCAAACAUCAAUUUAACACCCUUAGGAUUUUCCUGCUGUGUGCUGUUUACUGGAGAAGACAGAUUUGAUGGAAACUGGAAUCAUUCUGGCUAGAGGCGAAACAGAAUAUAUUUCAUAUUUGCUUAUUUGUCUAGGAAUAAAUACAAACAGAGAUGAAUUUCACUGUAAUCCUCACUGUUUAUUAUGUUGUGCUAAUCUCUAUAGCUACAUCUGAUUACGAAAGGAAAAAAAAAGCCACCAGUAGGCUUUAAAAGUUUCUACCAUCUGUCCUGGUGCUUACCCUUCGUUUGCUGUAAGGAUGUAUUGCGAGCAGCUUGAAAGGCUCCCUAGUGUAUUGUAACCUUCAAUGCUAUUUUUACCUUGUCUGUCUUUUGGGCUCUGUAUGUUCUAACGGAGCAGUGUGUGGAUCUUAUUUCACUGAAAUAUAUAUACGUAUACAUUCAGCUUUCUCAUCAGUUGUUCAGUGUAGAAGCUUUGGAUUUGGGACCUUCUUUCUAUACUGCAUAUGAAAUUACACCUUGCACAGUGAAGAUUUCACAAACAGCAAGUCACUCAGGUCCACUGUAAAAAUAGUAGUAAGUGGAAGGGUGUGCUUUCCACUCUGUCCAUCCUUGGGGUUUUUACCCUGUUUGUCUUGUGUCUUUCUCCAAAUCAGUAUCACACAAAUGAUUGUACCCUUCAGCUAACUUUCUGGAUUGUGUUCAUCCUUCAUCCUCAUCUGACAUUUCACUGUUCCUGUGUGCUGCGGAGAUCUCGUUGGAUGUGAAACUGCAGGAGGAGGGCUGGCAUAUGCUUUCAUCAAGACAAGGGCUUUCUGGCAACUCCUGGCCUACUUUAUGGUGUGUAUGAGCUACAGUUGAAAGGAGUAUGAACCACUGUUGAAAGGAAUAUGAUUACUUGUGAUUGCUGUGGAGAAACAGGCUGUUGUGUUUUGAAGAGCUGAAUGAGGUAUUGAAUUCACAACACUUUCUGCCGUGACGAAGUACCUCGUUUGUCUUAAUCACAUUUUGUUACUGUCCUGAACGUAAUAAACAAUAAGUCAUUAAAGCUAGUCAUGACCUCCAUGAUCUUUUGAGAAAAUACUUCUGUUACUGAAAAGCUGGGUUAAUCUCUCCCUAAAUCUGUAAGUAAUUCAGGCCGUGACUGUGGUUUCAGCACUUUUUCCUGGAAAGCACAGACUGGUCAAGUGAUGGAGAUCAAGAUCGUAACCUACAGAUACAAUAUCUGAGAAUCAAUCCUUGCAUUUUUUUUAACAUAAAUGAAAAAAAUAUUUAAAUAUUGAAAACAUUUUAAAUAUAUUAAGUACUUUUUUGAAACAAGGUUCAGGUAUGCUUUUUUUUUCUUUUUUUUUUUUCCCUGCCCUUAGGUUUUUAAAUGCAGUAGUUGCUCAGGGCAUGAAACUGGUGAUGUCACUAUGUGGUUACACAGAAGAAGACACACGUACCUAAAAGAAUUUAAAUUUCAUGCUAGAAAUCUUUUAAAAUAGGUGUAUGGGUUUUGGAGAGAAAACAUUAAUCUGAAUUGUUCUCGCAACUCAACGAACAGAGGGGGUACUCUCAGGAAGUGCAAUUACCAACUUUUAAGCUCCUUGGUUUAGAAGAUUUUUUACCUUGUUAAUAUAUGUGUUUACUAGGUCAGUUGUGGUCUAACAGAUUGUCACAUAUGGUAAUGGUAAGGAGGUUUGUAUGUUUAAAUAUAUUAUCUAAGUUGAUUGACUUUCAUUGGUGUAGCUGGUUUUGAAAAUAUUUCAAAAUACGAGUAUAGUGGGUAGGCAAACUUGGAACUUUGUGCUCAAGUGUGUGGAGAAGCUUAAAAGUCUGUAUGUUUUCAAGAGAGUAAGUUUGGGGAAGAGAAUUCCAUUAGGUGUUACCACGUGUGUAGAAUUUCUGGCAUGAAAAUGUUAGGACACUGAAAGGAUAAUCUUUUGGGGGAGGUAAAUGUCCAAUGCCCUUUUUCUAGAUGUAAUCUGUUGCCCAUUUGCAAAUGGUAAGCUGGCUGCACUUUCAGAAUGAUGAGAUCAAAGUUCUUAAUUGGCAGAGUUUCCUGGAUUUUGAAGUGUGUAGAAUUGUGGAAAUUAAGAACUUGGAAGUCUCUGUGAGAUCUAGUUAUGUACGCAGUGCCCAAGAUAAUGCAAAUUACAUUAGCUGACAAUCUUAUUCUGUGAGCUGAGGGAAUCCUGCUGAUCUUCUUUUUGUUUUUUGAACCUUGAUAAUCCACUGUCCCACGUGGCAAACAAGGGAGAACUUGUUUUCUGUAUAUCAAAUGAUGGCAGUGAUUUCUCGGUAGCUGAGUUAAUUUCAAAUUUAUAACGUGACUUCAGAUUAACAUUUGAUUUCUCAUAGGUAAUGGUAUUUUAGCAUCUGAACUCUGUUUGUAAGAAGAAAAAAAAAAUCCUCUCUCUGAAGCAUUUGUGUUUUAAAUCUGAUCAUGCUUUUUUCCUCUUAUGUAGUGUGUGUGUGCGCGCAUGUGUGUGUCGGAGUUUAACCCCUUAGUGGAUAGCUGUGCUGAAAGUGCUGUGGCCAUGAUGCUAGCUAGCAUCACUUCCUUAAAUCAAGUCUUAAAAUCUCAGAUUCUAGAUGAACCUAAAGUUUAUUAGUAUAUACAUAAGAAGAGGAGUUCAAUUUCAAGGAAUGAUCUGAGCUGCAUAGUAAGAUGAGUUCAUUUGCACAGGGUUCAUUGUAAUAAGCUGUAUAUUGUAUGAAUGGGAAGCAGAAAUUUAGGUCAUCUUUCAACUGUUUGAAAAACAGUGACUUACUGAAGUGGUGGGUAGGCAAUCCCCCACUGUAUUUAGGGAGUGAGACUAUAAUAUGUCUCUGCACAGUGCAUUACUGAGCUGAAAUAUAGACGUUUUUCUUUCUGUAUUUAUUAUUUGUGAAACUGCUUUCUGAAUGAAUCAAUUGAGUGUCUUGCACAGUAAAAUGUAAUGUCAACUUGUAGAUAGAAAUAGGGCAAAUGUGGGUUAGAGAACUUUCUGAAAUGGGGUGGUGUUUAGUUUCAGUUUAGUGCCUGUAAAUAGAAAAAAUAUUUUAGAACAUUUGGAAUCUGAAUGCAAAGGACCUAAGUUGUGUACGUUGUUAUAUGGGAGGUCUGAAGUGUUCUAUCGAUGAAAUCUGAGAAUGAGUUACUCUUAGGAUGCACACUGUCACAGAGUAGGUUUCACUUUCAAACUCUGGCUUGAAUGGAUUUUAAAAAAGAGUUGCUGUCAAAGAGCACUCAGCCCAGAUGUCUUUUGUAUAACACUACAGAUUUUUUAAUACCAAAGGACUUAUCACUGCUCUUGUUGGCUACUGGUUACUCUCUCCAUUUUUAUUUUUAUUUUCUGGUUUAUUUCUUACUGCCUAGAGUAGGAAAAUGAUUUAGCCUCUUCCAUCUUCAUCUUCUUGCACACUAGGGCAGACUUAAUAGGAAGGCAUAUGAAGAGAAGUUAAUGCCUUUAAUUAGUUUCCAUGGGACUUUAAAAAAAAUAUAUAUGUGGUUACAGUUCAUUUUCUUAUAGAAGACUGUUUUCUGUAAGCCUACAUAUUGAAUUAAAUUUGAAUUAGAUUCUGUGAGGAGGAACUCUUUUUGAUAUAGCGCAAGGACUUAGUAUGGCCCAACUAUUUUGGGGUAAGAAGAAGGAUCCAGGAAAGAAGUUCUUUAAUUUCCUGGCAGCAGAUGUCAUCCCCCAGGCCACUGCAGAAGUGAUGCCUUUGUUGCAUGCCAUCCUGUGUUCAAGAGGAGGUGUUCAGCUGCUAGGUCUGUGUUACUUGCUGAAGCAGCAGGCUUGUGUCUGCUCCAGGUGAUGGAUCAGAUGGAGGUCUCCCAUUUGCCUUGUACCAUCCACAGGCAGUCCUCCAGGUGUCUGAAAACCUGUCUUCAGAACUUUCAUGGUAGCUUACUAUUGCAGGCGUAACUUGGUUGCAGUUCUGCUGAAUAAGAAUAUGCUUAGUCUUGUUUUCUUGAAAGUAAUGAAAAAGGUGUAUUUUUAUCUCAGAAAUGAAGUGAUUAUGGAUUUCGCUAACCAGAAACAUGUUUCUUACUCUCUCCCCAGCUAUGACUGCAGCAGCUUUCUUUGCUGUCUGCUGGCCUUUUGCCUUUUACAUCUGUGGCUGCACGCAGUUUCAGUCACUCCUUAUCCUACACUAGCACUCUGUGCCAGGAGGAGCCCUCAGAGACCACAGCUUAACUCUGCUUAAGCUUUGCUGUACAAGCCUGUUGUCAGACAAAGCUUCACAUUGAAUUCACAUUUUCAUUAUGGAACCGUGCAUCUAAUUUGUUCUUUCAGCUAACUUAAAUGGAAGAUGGGUGGCAUCUGUUUAAUAAAAUCCAUCAUCAUCUGGAGAUUAAAGAGGAAAACAUUUAUAGUUUCCUGUAUGUUAGUGUAUGGGCUUAAUACUUUUAUAGGGGAUUCAUUGCUGACUUGGAAUUUUAUAGGAAACUACAUAGUCAACACGUUUAUUGAAACUUAACAUCAGUGUGGGAACGUGUUCUUUUCUUGUCUUGGGGAUUUCUGAAUGCCUCAUCUAAAUCUGAGCCCAGCAGAAAGCGAAAGUGUUACCAAUCCCAUGUCUAUGCAGCCCAGUAUAAAAACUCUGAUGUAACCAAGUUUCUCUCAUUUACUUCCACUGUGAUUUUAUGUUAAAAUAUUAUGUAUUUUUUGGACUUGUGUAUAUAUAUAUAUAUAUUUUUUUUUUACUAUAUUGGCAGCGAUAUCUCUCCCUUCAACGUAGGAAGGAAUCCUUAUGCCAGGAGUUACAGUUAAGAAAACAAACUGAGUAAGUUUGUAGGCAAUUGAGGCAUAUUGCUGGUUGUUACCCACUUUGCUACAGCUGGAUUCUUCAGAAGAUUGUCAAGGUAGCAUUUCACUGGCUGUAUGGAUAACAUACAGCAUGUUUCUUGGCUGGUUAUGAUCUUCUAGCUUUCAUUCAUUAUAUACAGCACAGACAUAAUGCUUUUUUAAUAUAGGUUUUGUGAGUGUAUAUGAGAUUUGGUUUUUGUGCUACAAAGUUGUAGUAUCAUAAGGUAUAAUUAGGCAAGCUAUAAUUAAACUACUACUGAGUUAUAUAGUUUUGGAUGAUACAUUAUUUCCUUUUGGAUUGAAGCCAUUUCUUUCAUGUGGUUUCCAUGUCUGCAAUUUCUUGUUCUUCAAAAUAUGAUUGAAUACUGAGCAGACAUGCAUAGCUAAUGACGUAGUGGGAAAUUCAAUAUUUUAAUGACUUUGAGGCAUAAAGCCUGCUCCCUCCACCCUUUAUUUCUUUAUUAAUAACAUUAUGUAUACUAAGUUAUGUGUAAAUCUAUGUGAAUGAAAUAUGAUAUAAGUGAAAGCAGUUUAGUAAACACAAGCAUACAGUGUCUAUGAAGAAGCUGAACUGUGGAUAUAUUGACUAUUGCAAGUAAAGGGUGUGUUCCAAGGGUGUUCUUCAUGCAUCAGCUAAAACUAGUGGGAUGCCAUGUGACAACAGCAGACUGUAGUGGAAGCACCGGUUGCUGACUGAGAGGCUAGGUAAGCAUUUUGGUGACUGAAGGGUUUGAGUGGGGAUGCUGAGAACUGCCCUUGCUUCUGGCCAGUCAGCUGUGGCAAAUGUAUUCCUGGAAUGGUUUGUAUCAACAACUGCAAUGCCAUGUCUGUAAGAGACUCAGCUGAAUUAAUGUCUCACUCAGCAGGAUAAGGAGAUGUUAGCCACCUGCAGGAGCACCUGUGAGAGCCUUAGGUUUUGUACUUGCCUGGUUUAGGUGGGUUAACACCUGGGACUAAAUUACAGUGAGGGAGGUGUUGUCUGAAAAGUGGAUUUGAUGCCCAGUGUGCAAUAGGUCAGUGAUCAUAAGCUCAGAAGAGCUAAUUUAUUUCAGGUUUGUGCAAGCUUGGGUGCUCAGUGGUUUCCCACAGAUCAAGCACUGCAAACAGAACAGCCCAUGAUAUAUUUAUAUGCAGAAGUUAUGAGUUAGUGACUUUUCCAGUCUGUCUUCCUCAUGGUGAUUGGUUAGUAAUUUAUACAAAAUUGUAAUAUUGUUGACUCUGUACUACAUUACUGUGCUUCAUUACUGUGCAUGCUCAGGAGGGUUCUUCUUCUGGGCAGGGGUCUUUUUGGCAUGUGGAUGUGAUUUUUCCUAUUAUAAUGAAGGUGGUUCAGCUAAGGAUAUGUGGACCUUGAGUUUUCUUCCUAAGUUGACAACAUCCUCAAAGCAUCCUGUUUAAUGUCUUCCUCAAGGCCUACUGGCUUUGGGAUGUCCCUGGCUAAAGGAUGUCAAGUGUUUAUUCUUCUGAUACUUAAUACAAUGUUAGUUCAGUUUUUAGAGUUAGUCUUCCUCAGAAGGGGGAGAGCACAGAAGUAACCCCCUUGCUGCCUACACUCCCUUCUGAAAGGCUCUAGAAAAAGGACUGAGCAUAUGUGAACCUGAGUAUAGAAGACACAAACCUGAGGAGCCCUAUAUGUACGCACCACUGGGGGGACACACCUAUGAGCAGAGACCAUUGCUGGAUCUAAGGGUGGUGAUAUUUUUACCUUCUUUUCACAUCUCUCUCUGUCUUCACUUUCGACACAUAAACCAGCUUUAUCUUUUGUAAUUCUUCUGAGAUUUGAGUAGAUUUGUUUUUUAUUUGAACAUCUCAAGUGAUUGUCAUUACUGCUGGUUACUGAACAGAGAAUUAAAAUGUUAACCUCACCCUAGCCCACCCAGAGGGACAGGACAGUGUUCAAGCUCUGGCUGUAGCAACGAUCAGAAGGCUGCAAUGGACUUCAAAGAUGUCUGCAUCAGAAGUGGAAACAUGGAAAAGUGGGUGAUGGGUGAUAACACAGAAAGAUGGCACUAAGAGUUUGUCAACACUGGAUGGAGAAUUCUGGUGCUGGGGAAAGAAUGAUGAUUUGUGUGUUCAAGUAGUGUGGCAGACACUUAGAUAACAUGUUGAAGGUGAUAGCAGGGCUGCUGAUUUUUAAAUGAUGCUCCUUUUGCCAAAUGAUAGCUCUGCAGCUGUAGCUCUUUCAGGUGGACUGUUUUGGUUGGGAUUCAGGAUAGGCUUUCAGAGGAAAGAUGGCAGCACCAGUGUUAGAUGGACAGUCUGACAGUGAAUGUCAAUUUGCUUUUUUUCUUUCUGAAAGAAAAAAAUCAAGCAAAUAUGCUUACAUUGUGUUUGUGCAUGUAUGGAGUAUGAAAUAUAAAUAUUUACAUAAGCUGUUGUCCUUUUGCAUGCGUAAUUUCUAUGAUGGAGGACAGUAACGAUAUUUGCUAAGAACUGGUUAAAAUUGUUGUGUGCUUUAUUUGACCAUUUCUAUUAAGAUUUCUGUGAUGGUGGUGAUCUUAAACAUUGGUUUUCAUUUCUUAUUCCUUUUGUGUUUUUUUUCUUGUGAUGGUGAUUGUAGUAAGAUGGAUUAAAACUGGAGAACAAAUGUCUGUUCUGCUACAAGAGUACAAAUGUUAUAUUAAAACUAAUAGCAUAUAACUUUCAACUGAUUUAAAACCUUUUCCAUUUUCUUAACAUAGCAAUAACAUUUAGUGCUUACACAGCGCUUGACCUUUCCAGAAGCGCUUUACAAAUAUUAAUUAAUUGUUUUCUGAGAUUGAAAAAGUCACACAGUGAAGACUGAGGGAAGGAACAGUGGGAACAGCUAGGCCAGAAGGGGAGAGAGCAUCUUGCUACACCUCAUUAUUUCCUGUAUUGUCAGAGAUGCCAUCCUUCUUUCAUGGUUGUUCCCUUUUGACAGCUCUUAUCUUCAGAAUUCCACCCUGUGUAUUUCUUAGCAAAUUUCUCCUCUGACAAUAUGCAAUGGAGUUGUGCCCCUUGUGUAGUUACAGGCUCACUGAGGUUUCUGUUGGGAAAGGGCAAGUGUAUUCUCUUAGUAUUCCUCAAACGAGAAAUGAUUAAACUUUGUAAGGUACCUUCCCAUAAGUGGUCUUAAGGAUUUUAACACAAUUAGCAUUUCCACAUUUUGCAAACCUAUAAAAAUCAAAGCUCAGAGAUGACAGAAUUGGAAAUAGCAAACUGGUUGCAUGGCAGAUUGCUCCUUUUCAAGUGAAUGAAUGUAACUGUCUAAAUACGGAAAGCAGAAAUGCUUUGAAUUCUGAAAUAGAAAAAGAUUGCACCUGUUAAGCCCUUGUUCUGGUUUUAUGGUUUUUCAUCUGUAUUCCACAGGACAACAUCAUGCAGUGCACUGGGAAUUAAAGAGUUAAUGCUGCAGUCCCAUAGAUUUGUCAGUAUUUUCAAUCUCUUGGUCUCAGAAGGGAAGAAUGAACUACAACUCCCAGAAGACUUCAUUUUCUCAUUUUCAGUUUGGAGGGAAAGAUAAAACUGACCGGGAGUCACGAGACUGCUCUCUUUGCUCCCUGAUGGUUUUGCCUACAGCAUCAGAGUACGGACUUUGGUUUCAGAAACUCUCAUUUUGUUUGAUUUAUUAGCUUCAAUUCCAAUUGUAUUAAAUUGUAUUAUUUCACAUUCCGCUAUUAUAUUUUAUAAACUAAGUUUUUUCCCUUAGCUCACUGCCACUGUUUUCCUAUGUCCAGGCCCAUCUUCCUACUUUUUCCCUUCCCUCCCAACCUCUUUCACAGGGUGUGGAUCUGUGGGUCCCUUUGUCCCCUUGUCACAGAACCAGGCCAAACUGUGACAGUCCUGCAAUGAAUUUUUCAUCCCAUGCUUAAGUUAGAGGAAAGAGAAAACCAGCUUUUCCAUGUGUCCAACUGUCUUCAAAGUAAGAUAGUGUAUGUACUUAGGAUUUUGUGUAGAGAAAUAACUUUCAGUUAGUUAAUUAAUUUCAUUAGUAGAUUGAUCAGUUAUAGCCAAACGAGCCAACAGUAGUAACAGCAAAAACUAUCAUCUGCAACCACACCUAUCACAAUUGCACAGUGCACUUCAGUUGUAGAGCAGUGUUGAUCUUAGGCAGCAGGAGAACUGGCACAAAUCUCUGUUUAAAUCCCAGUUUUGCUACCAAGCACGUUAAGCUGUAUUCCUCCUGAGUGUUUCAGGAGCACUGGCAAUGCUUCUUUCACUCAUACAUCAAAAUGAGGGCUGUGGCUUUUAAAGAUUUUCCUCAGGUCCAGAUCCCAAUUAUAGGCAUAGCUUCAGCGUUGUGCUCCUCCAUAUUUGGUGAGGUAUGGUUAUAAUGUGCACCCUGGGCUUUGGCAGCCCUCUGAGAUUGUCUAAAUAGUUGCUUGCACUACAGCUUGCCAAGUUGAAGUGCACCUUUCUUUAUGUGUCUCACCCCAUCCUGUUGGAGGAUAACAGGAAGGCAUUUCCAGUGGUCCCACAGGGUCUCAGUUGAAGGUUGAAGAGGAAAGGAAUGAGGGUGUCCAGAAGAAGGCAGAUGAAAUUGGGAAAGAAGUGUUGUGUUUGAGGAUGUUGAACCUUGUUUUGCGUUGAAUCAAGUUUUUGUAGAGCAAUCUUUACUGCAGCUUAAGGAAAUGGUGGCAGCUGAAAGUUGAGAAAGAUUCACUUUGCUUUUUAUUUAAAGCCUUUUUUUUUUUAACCUACCAGAAGCUCAAACUUGAUCAAUCGAUAAUUAUGAAAAAUUAUUAUUAUUAUUCCCUGAGACGUCAAACAGAGUCGGCUCAGCUGAUAAUUACUUUUCAUCAUCUUUGACCACUGUGUAAUAAUCAGUCCAAUAUAUUAUUGCUUCUCUUUGUUAUCUUCCAUUGAACAUCUUAGUUAAGACUUCACCUUUCUAUUGGAUGUUUUGCAAAGUGAGAACAUAGGUAUGACUGAAAUAGAUCUUUCCGUGGUCUGUUUAAUCUGGUGUGCUUCCUUGCUCAGGAAGGAGCAGCAACUGCUCUAGGAGGAAUUGAAGGUGUUCCUUCCACUUUGAAUAUUUCUUGAAGCCUUGAAAGAUGAGAUUUCAAGAAAAUAUUUGCAUAGGCUAUGCUGCAGAAAUGCUAAGCCAUGGCCUGAACCAGUGAUUGAGCACCUGGUGGGAAUGUAGGGCCAACCCGGGGGAGCUCAGGUGCGUGCAAUGUACUUAGUGAUGGAAGGGGUGGAGCCAGGAUCCACCCCUUCCCAGGCCUCAUUUAAGGGUUGGCAGUGGAGGCAAGGAUAUCUGUCUGGAGAUCCCUGCAUACCUGAGGCCUUCUGAAGGUAAGCAGAUUCUUUCUUUUGUUUCUGUGCCUAUGGCUGUUGCCUUUGAGCUAACCCUUACUUGUUGUAGCCUAGGACUUUGCUGCUAUGCUGUCAUUGCUGCGUUUUCCAUCACGUUACAGGCAGUUAAUAUUAUGUACUGCAGUCAUCAGCAUUGUUUUGUCUGUAGAACUGGACAUACGCUUCCUGAUUCAUUUUAAAUUGUGGCCUUUAUAUCUGAUAGUGGUCAAGGUGUCUGGCAGUACUUGGUGGUACCCCAUCAAGAAAUCAGAGCUAGAAGCCCAGGUUGUGAUAUUGUUUUGUAGCACAUAUGAAUGUGCUAAAAUCUCACAGAAUUACAGAUUUUGAUGUUAUGUAUAUCAUAUUGAUUCAUCAUAAGUGGCAGAAGAAUUGUUUUUGAAAAAUAGCUGAAGUGUGUUUUCACAGUCAGCGUGGCAUAGUUUCAGUGUUGAUGGUCUAUUUGUACUUUUGCUUCAAGAGGCGGCUAAAAAUGGUCAAAUAGCUAAUGUUAGUGGCGCCUUAUUGGAAUUUAAAUUGUAACUUACAUGGGCAUGUAAUGUGUAUGCACAGGUCAUUUGUCAAUAAAAUUUCACAUUUUCUUUUUGGUUUUGAGUACACAUCUUUGUUUAAUUACGUUUUCCACUUUUUAGAGUCCUCGCCGUUUUUGUUUGUGUAGCUCUCUGUACGAUAGCGUGGACCGAUGUUGAGGAAUUCCUCAACGAAAUAGGACUGAAGCAGCUAAUAUAAUGGUUUUUCUUUUUUUCAAGACCGGCCUGAAGAGGUGUAAUUGGACUCCCAGUUCAUCACCUUUGCAGGCAGCAAGUCAGUUCUUGUUCUGAUGUCUCAACAAUGCAUGGCGUCUGGUGAUGCUUAAGAUGUUAUCUCAAUGUUUGUCUGAAUUGAUCACUGAUGAAAUUCUUAACUUGGCAUUUAGAUCACUAAAUUAUUAUUUGUUUAUAUGAAUAGUAGCAAUUCAGUGUCACACAUUGUGCUAUGUUUUAAGUCAUUUCUUGAUCCAGAGAAACAGCUCUGUUUUGAUUUCUAUUUACUUGCACUGAGAAACAUAGCUUAGAAACAUGGGGUUUCCUUCUGUCUUUUUUCCUAGCCUAGAUUUUGUAGGAAUUUAGAUCCCAUAAUCAGAGCAUGAAGUCUAAGGUUUUGGAAAAUGUGAGGUCUUGGUUGUUGCUUAAUUAGGUAAGCUGAAUUCUCAUGUUAAAUACUACUAAUAAAAAAGAAUACAAGCUGUAAGUUUUGUAAUAAUCCCAGUAUCGCUUUUGAUUUGGUUGUACUUUUUUUUUUUUAACCAGCAAAAUAGUGUUUUGAGCAGUAGCCCUAGCUUUCCAGUAUUGAAGCAGGCAUGUUCUUGAUCACCUGGGACAGCUCAGGCAGUGAGAAGACUGUUAAUGGGUAAAGUUUUGGUCUCAAAUUUAGGCUACUAUGACCCUAUGGUAAAUUCUAAAAGAAAUAAAAAUUGGCUUUUUUUUUUUCAGGUGAAUUUUGAAAUCCAGAUUAAAUGAAUAUAGAAAUGAAUAUGUGAAAAUAAUGAUUUUUGCACAUAUAAAUUAUUUAUUAUAUUGUCAUUAUUACAGUGACAAUAAUACCCAGAAUGCUAGUAACACUGUGAUGGGUGUUUUUCAUCAGUGAGAGAACAGUUUUCACUGAAGCACUGAAUGUGAAUGCUGUUUAGACAAGCAAGUUCUUGAUAUUUAAAUUGUGAAUGUCACUGCAGACUGACUGCUGGAGGUCAGGGAGUUAAAUAUUGGAAUUGGAUUCUAACAGAGCCAGAUUAAUUAAUAACCCGUAGAAGCAUUAGUAGUUAUGCAUGCUAAGAUAAAGGUUAUUGUGCUUUGCUCUUUAAGCUGAUGGCUGCAAGGACCUGUGGUGCUGCUUCUAUCUCUGCUUGCUUUAGAACAGCACAAGAGCUACUGGCAUUGAAGGGAUAGAUUUUGAUAAAGUUGAAUCAUCAUUGCAGAAAAGGAAGAAAGAUGGUGGACUUAAAGGUUCAGUGAUCUCAGUGUGUAAUCUUGGAUCGCUGUGUCUGCACAGGUGAUGUGCCUACAAGGCAGAGAUGUUAUGUGGAGGUUGGGUUAAUGUUGGCACAGUAAUAUGGGGAGCUAAAAUGCUGUGUCUGACUCUAUUGCCAAAAAUGUUACCAGGGUAAAGCAAUAGGAGCAGCUUGCAAUGCAUGAGUGAAUUUAGAACUGGAUUAAGAACUGUUAAUCUCUAUGACAGCACAGAUGGAUACCUUGAUAGAGAGAAUCUGGUAAGCUUUUAAGAAAAAGAUGUGCAUAACUGCCCCAUGAAGAUUAUUAUAAAAGCUAAUCAGAACUGAACAGCUUUAAUCUGCUUGCUUAUUACAAGCACACACAAGGAAACAUGGAAUAAAAUAACAUUUAAAAGGUAAUAAAUGGUUCUUGUUUGUAGAUUUAGCAUACUUCUUGGAACAAAAUUUUUAGUCACAUAAUGUUAUGAGAGAGGAACGCAGAAUAUGUAAACCAGAGGUGAUCAACUAGGAACUAAUAUCUGUUUCUUAGUAUCUAUUCUGGGUUAGCAACAAUUUGAAGUGUGCCCUCUCUUGAUCUAGGCAUUGUGAAUGAGUACUGAACACCAGGAACCACAUUUUUAGUGGGAUUAUUGGUGGUCAGGCAGUCUGAGACAGCAGCUGAGUAUGUAUUAUGUGAAUAAUACAUAUAAUACAAGUAUGUAUUAUUACAUACAAGUGUGUGAGUAUAUUAUGCUCUGAUAACUGGUCUGGUUGUGUAGAUGAUUUCAUUACAGUUAGAUUUCUAAUGCUGAAGGAGGAGCUACUAACUUCAAAUAUAAUUACUUUCUUACUCAAAAUAUUUGUUCAAGUAUUGUUUCCCACUUCAUAUUUCUUCUUUUCACCUUUUUGUGGAAAUCCCUUAUUGAUGUUUCCUCCUUUCUACCACGUUUCCCUAUUUAAUGGGAAGAUGAAAGAAUCCUGGAAGUGUUGAAUUAAUAUUUACUGUAUGUUGCCGUGGCAAUACGUCCUAACAUGGGAAUCCUGAAAUAAACAAAGGAGAAAAAACAAUCCCCAGAAGCUGGCAGCGUUCUGUUUCAAACCACUUUAUACCUCAUUGUAUAUUUAACUAGGAAACUGGAAUCUGCUUGGGCUGAAGUGUUUCAGUGCGUUCAAUACCUGCUUUCUCUACAGCUCUGAGCUGUGCAUCUGUUUAACUAUUGGUGUAGUGGAGCUUACUGUUCUGAUGUACAGAUAUUUCAAGGAGACUUGUUGUGUAAAUAAGAUAAGCCAUGCGCUGUAUACAUUAGUGCAGAAAAAUGUGCAAUUGGGUACUUUCAUUUUUACAAAGGUAGAGGACUUGAGGGACUUCUUUCUGGACUGAUCUUUCAGAGCAUUUGUGGUUUAUCUGGUGUCACUUUAAUAUCAGUAACAAUGCAUGGAAAUUAAGGUUUCAGCCAAGAUUUUUACCUGUGUGUGUGAAAUUGUGGAGACCUUUUAAAUCUGUUUGCUGAGAUCAGAGGUAGAGAGGGCGAAAGGAAUGCUUAGUUUUGAGCCUGACUAUGUCAGCACACACCAGUCCUCUUGUGAUACAAACAUUUGCUCUUAUAUUUUCUUUGGUUAGUGAAGACUUAGCGUAAAUGAGGAAUUGUUUGUAAGCAGAUAUGGAGCUAAUGAAUAACCUGAAGUGAUGAUUUUGAGAUUUUUCUGUUUUUCAGUUGUAUAGUAUUGUAUGCCAUAGUAUGCUGUAAUUUUUUUAAAAGCUUUUGUUAAAAGCUAUUUUUAAUAAUGAUUUUUUUUAAAACAUCUUUAAAAACUUGAAUGUCUUUUCAGCUUAUGCCUUGAGAGGAAGAGAGAAAUUGAGUUAGUGUACAAAAGAGUAGUGAAAUUCUGUAAGUAAAUUAUUGCAUAACUUAGGGAAGAACAAAACAGAUGUAUUAAUACGCAGCAUUAGGUGCAACUUCAAAGUAUGUACUUUUUUCAUCAAAAUUUUGAUUUACUGCUGUGGUAUUGCUGUCAGAAAAAUACUAAGUAGGACUUGUGUCAGUUAUUUCAGUAGGCUGUUGGUGUGUUUGUUGGUGAAGCCAAAUGAUUUUCAGUCGAGAAGAGUAAGGGCAGUAUCUUAGCUUAAGGCCUGUGCCACAGGCAACCAUCAGAAGGUUAUUUGGAGAUUUGUGAUGAUGGUUACAAAGUUUUCUAUGCACAAGUGCUCAUUACUUGGAAACUGCAUUAACAGUACAUAGAGAAGAAAACCCUCUAGUCCAUUAACCUGAUCAGAGGUUAGCGUUACUGCAUACUUACUCACCCUGGAAACAGCUUAUUCCUUGAAAGGUGGAACCUGUUGAUGUUAUGCAAGCUAAUUGGCAGUAAUGAAGCCUGCCUGCACACCCACCCUGCAUCAGUCCAUUCAUAAUAAAGGGAUUGCCACCUGUGAAAACCAGGGUGACAAUAAGGAAAAACUGUGAUUGUACUAGAAUAAUGUUAAGAUACGCAAGAUGCCACAAGGAAAAAGUAGGGUUUGGAAGGUCUUGGUUAGCUUGUGCUUCAAGUAAAAUAAAAAUAAGAUGAUUGCACUUUUCCUUCUAAGCUAUCUGUUGUUAUAAAACAACAAAUAAAAAAGAAACUCAAGUGAAGUUGUUGCUUGAAAACUGGCAUCGAGCACUUUCUGUUAUUUAUAUAGAAACAACCUUUGUAAGGAGGUCUUCCAAUUUUCCUCUUUCCUUGUAUUUGUUCAUUAUGAUGUUGUUCCUUGAGGUGUUUUGGCAGGAUAAAUGUUUUGGUUUAAUAAUCUUAUUUAAAGCACUGUGUGUGCAACAGUUGGGAACAUGUAUGCCAUGAGAUAAAUAAUAUUUUGUUGCAUUUUGGUAAAAUGAUGACUGUAGAUAUAUGUUUUUGCAUUUCAGUGUGUUGAUAUUUUUUUAAUGUUUCCUUUUCGUGAAGGACUGGAAUUUAGCUUAAUGCAGGCUGAGAUGAAUAUGGCCAAAGGGGUUACAUUUUGGUGUCCAAUCCCCUUAGAUGCUUCAGGACAUUCUGGUGUAUUUCCUGAUACCCUCAAGAUACGGUUGGCCUCGUUCUUAAGACUUGUAAAAAUCUGUAGUGGGUGCAGAUGGAGAACUAUUUAGAAACAGCUGAACAGCCUGUUAGCAAUGUUUUCUCAGUAACCCUCCUUACUAUCCUGUGUAAUAAAUGCAGGCUCCAAGCUUCUAUUUCAGUGGGGCUAUGAUGGUUCAGGACUACAGGGCUGCCCAACCUAAGAUAUUUUUGCAUUAUAUGGCAGAGAACUACCAUACCUUCAAUAUCAUAACUCUAGGCCUUUGUUUUUAAUUUUAGAAGAAGUUUUCCAUAAAACGAUAGUGUUGCAAUUGUCAUUAAAUGCUACUUUCAGUGGCAAAAUAAGUACCUCAAGAGAUAUUGAAAAUACUAGCUCCAAAUGCUUUGGAAGAUCUUGUUCACAAUGGAAAAUGCUGCAGUGUGCUACAUGGUUAAAAGCGUUUAUUAUGGCAAGGGUGCCAAAAAGAACUCUGUUUUAGACAUCUGUAAGUAGUGUGCGAUUGUGUCUUCAUACAGGCAGUCUUAACACUGUGUAUGACCCAAUCAUUUCAGUUUUCAGUGUUUUAAAAUUGAGAGGACAUGAUGAUCAGAGAGAAUUACACAGAUGCUUUUGUUUGUGUAUAAGGUAAUUAGCUGACUGACAUGAUUAAAACUAGCCUAAUGUACAGACUUUCAGGAUGCAUGUACACAAUUUGGGCUUGGUCUGAUUCGCUACUGGAUUGAUGUGGUACUGCUACAAGGUAUGGGAGAAAUAAUGCUUUGUUCUCCAUUGCUGACCAGCCAAGUUAGUGGACAAUUGCAGAAAUAACUACAGUCAGACAGUUCAGUGGACUUUUUAAGUUGGGAGUUUCCUAGGGGUGCUUGAAGUUAAUCAUUAGCUAAGUGCUUUGCUGGAGCAGGGCCAAGGUGCUCACUUCCUCAAAUGAUCCUGCCUCCUUUUAUCGUAAUCUGUUUUUCAGUCUAUUGUUUCCAGUUUAAAGGGGACCUUCUAUUUUUUUUUGUUUAAUUCAAGUAGGUUGUCUCAGUGUCAGGCAUUUGCUUAUAUAUAUAUUUUUUUCCCUGAGUGUUCUACCUUUCCUAAAGCACAUGCAAGUUCAAAGUCCAUGGCAUGAGGAACUAGCAGCACAACAGGAGGCAAAGGAGAAGAUUAAUUUCUUGGCUGUGAAGAAGUGUGAACACCUCGUGCCCUGAUGGGGGACUCAGGAUCCAGGCGAUCAACUCUAGUAUCUCGGUUGCCAAUAUUCAGGAGAAGUAUUAGCCGGAGACAUGACUCCCUCCCUUCCUCGCCUUCCUCUGCCAGCGCUGUGGGUGUGCACACCUCCUCCCCAUCCAGCACUAACUCCAGCUCAGGGAGCACAGGCAAGCGCCGGAGCAUAUUUCGAACUCCUUCCAUUAGCUUCCAUAACAAGAAAGGGGGGGAGCAAAAGCCUGAUGCCGCCAGCCAGAAUGUUAACAUCUCAAAUGGUGCCCAGCCUUCUCUCAGCACUUUUCAAAAACUGUGCCUGGAGGAACACAUUAAAAGCAGAGGAAGGCAUUCGGUUAGCUUUGGCAGCUCUCGCAGCAAAAAGAUAACAAGGUCUUUGACGGAUGAUUUUGAAAAGGGAAAGGAGCCUUCAGCUAAUAAAAAUGUCUUUAUAAAUUGCAUAAGCUCUGGCAAAAAUGAGGGUGACGAUUCUGGCUUUGUGGAGGAGCAGAGCCGCUGCUCUGUCAAACAGUCCACACGAAAACUGCUCCCUAAAUCUUUCUCAUCACACUACAAGUUUUCCAAACCGGUUCCACAGAGUCAAUCAGUUUCCUCUGUGCCUCAGACUGGGUGCAUGCUGGAGAUAAAAUCCUACGUUGAAAGCGAGCCAGUGAUUGCUGCAUCCCCUUCUCCAUGCUCAGCUGAGGUGACAGAGUGCAUGGGGAGUGCUUUGCAGUCUCCACUGCUCUCAGCUGACCUCACGGCUGUCCAGACCCCCUCUGACUUCAUAACUUUGACGGAGGAUUCUGUUUCGGAGGUUGAUGCUCUGCCCAGCAGUGGGAAUGGAGCGUUGCUUAAAGAGGAUUUUGGCCACAGUGUCUCUACCUCUCAGAUAAUCUUUAAUCCUGCUGCUGUUCCAUUGAAGAAAACGGAUUAUGUGGGAAGUACUUGCCAGUCCGCUUCUGUAUCUCCUGCAAGUCAUGCAAGCUUGUGUAGUGUUGAAUCUAAUACCUUGUUCAAAACCUCAGCUGCUGUUCAAACAAAAGCAUCACUGCAAGCCAAUGAACUUUGUGUUACAGAUGCCAGGCAUAAAGGAGAAAUGAACUCAGCAAAGUUGAAUAUAGAAACCUUUGCGUUACAGCAUAAAGAAGAACUGGGGUUGCACUCGCCAGCAGCAAAGGAGUUGAGUGAGGACCAAUUGGAAAACACGUUCUCUAAGCACAUAAGAGAAACAAUUCCUGUAAUGGAACCUAAGAUUAUUCAAUAUUCUGAACCUCAGUCCUUUAGAACACAACAGGGAUAUGAAACAAACCAUCCUAACGUUGAUCUCGCCAAUAGCUUCAGUCCAUAUCGAGAAGGCAGAUUUAUGGAGAAGCGACUCAGAUCCUCCUCGGAAGGCACUGCUGGAAGCAGUCGACUGAUCAUAAAACCAAAGGAUGGCAAUGCAGAAGAGCUUCACAGUCUACGGAAGCAGAGAGCAAGCUCAUCCUCUUCAAAAAUGAAUAGCAUGGAUGUUUUGAAUAACUUGGGUUCCUGUGAGUUAGAUGAAGAUGAUCUGAUGCUUGAUUUGGAGUUCCUAGAAGAACAACAUCACCAUCGUGCUGUUGGUCGAGAAGACUCGUACCAGUCAAUAGUCUCAUGUGCUGCUGUAGUACUUACCCCAACAGUGGAUACAAGGAAGAAAGAACAGAUGCUAAAACCUGAAGCGUCUAAACAGAACCUCUCUUUGAAACUGUCGAAGGAGGUAGAACAAGGAGAAGCCAGGUACCCCCGUAUUAGCCAGCUGGCUGGCAGCCCAUCCGUGGAGUGGCCUUUUACUGGUCUGGAAGAAGGCGGAGGCAUUGAAUCUUUGCCCUUCAGACUGAUGCUGCAAGAUUGCACAGCUGUAAAGACAUUGCUACUGAAAAUGAAGAGGGUUCUUCAGGAGAGUACAGACAUGAGUCCAGCUAGCAGCACCACCUCACUCCCUGUUAGCCCUCUUCCUGAAGAGCCAUUACUUUUUAAGGAUGGAAUAAAAGAUGAAUGCUCAGUGCUGAAGCUGCAGCUGAAGGAGAGAGAUGAACUCAUAGCCCAACUUCGUGAGGAACUGGAAAAGGCUCAGUGUUUGCAGAAGGCUCUUGCUUCCCAGGCAGAUAAAUCCACACAGACAGAACUUUUUGGCCAUGAUGCUACAUAUCCAAACAGAAUGGUGAGCCAAAAUCUCAGCACAAGGGACAAAAAGUCAGCACAUACUCCCACCGAGGACCCUUUUAGGUACUCAAGCAACCAAGCAACGACCUAUGAAAGCAAGAGCUGUCAACUGUCUAAUUUGUGUCUGAGCAACAUCCUGAAAGAGAAGGAGAUAGUGGAAGUCAUCAAGCAUACUAGAGGAGCCUACGAAGCCCUCACUUCAGAGGCCACCCAGAAUGGUUUGGCCACUGCAGCACCAAGCACAGCAAAGCCUGCAUCUCAGACAGACCGCUACCCACUAUUCUCAGGAGCUCCAAAAGACCAUACUGCUGUACCUCAGCAGCACACCACUUUCACAGGCAGACUUGGACAGCCUCCGAGGGGACCCAUCUCUUUACACAUGUACAGCAGGAAAAAUGUUUUCCUUCACCACAAUUUACACACAGCAGAGCUGCAGACUUUAGGUCAACAAGAUGGGUAGCAAGGUUCUUGUCUUCUUGCCAUAGAAUGGGAGUCCACUGAAAGGAAACAUAAGCUCACACAGAGCUGAGUAAUAAGUUUUUACUUGCUGCUACCUUUACUUGAAAAAAAAUAAAUUAAAAAUUAACAUUGUCUAGGUUUCAUACUUUCCCAUCUGGAACUGUAGGAAAAGGAUGAACUAGAUUGCUAAUUAACUAGAUUGAUUUGUCACACAAAAGUCACUACUGGUAGAAUAAAUGGGACCGUUAGGCUGGCAUUGCUGGUCCAAAAUUGGCUAAGUGUUUUUUUGUUUGUUUGUUUUUUUCUUUUGUCUCUACAAAGCCACUAACAUUCCCUGAAGUUCUUCUAGAAAGUGGUCUUAAAUAAUACCGUGUAUGCUUAAAAUGUUACUGUUAAAGUAGAUGUGAGGAAUGAAUAGAUACAUAAUUAGUAAACCCUAUUGAAUUACAUAGAGACUAGGGAAAUAAAGAGUAAGAAGGAAGUCUUUGAAGCUCUUAAACGUACAGUGAAAUUUGCUCACUUGCAGAGGUGUGAUACCACUUCUUGCUGUACACGUUAUAUCAAAGCCCUCAUACUGCAAUUAGAGGAACUGACAUUUCUUCAUCUACAAGCAAAGAUCAUAGAGGCUCACUGGGUAAUUGAAUCAAAAUAAUUGAAACACAAAAUAAUGAUGACAGCUUGAUUUCUCAGCCUUCUCUUUCCUCUCCAUACCUUUUUUUAGCUACAUUUGUUCUGGUCUUUUUGUUCUAUGAGGACACAUCACAUUGAGGUGAUGGUUGUUCUCUGCAGACACUAUAUCAUUCAUGACACAAUGUCACAGUCUGUGUUACCAGGGCUGCUCCGAAAGUAGUGCCUCCUAUUUUAUUAUGUUAGCACAGGAUAUUAGAAGCAGAUGUUGGUGGCAUGAUAGAAGUUGAUCCUUUCCAACAAUAUUCCAUUACAUUUUGUUGCCAUACUAGUAUCUUGUAGCUGAGAAUUUGCUCUAUCAAAUAGUGUUAUUGUGCUCUUUGUAUCUAUUGUAGUUUCCACAGAGAUAAAUAAGAGGCAUUCCGUUCAGAGCAACCUCUAUAUAAUGGAUCGUAUAACUUCAUUUCACUUGCCAAAAAAAAAAAAAAAAAAAGGAAGGGUGAAAGACUAUAUUAAGUGAAAUUAUCUUAUUAUCGAGUCUAAACUAUCUGUGUAAAUUGUAAUUUCUAUGGACCAUAUCUACACUUCAUGGCAUAUAGUAACUCAGCAGGUUUGCUAGUCUUGACACGUUAAAUGCAAGUGAGAUGAAGCAAAUACUACCUGACAUGCAGCUUGCCAGUCUCAUGGGAAUGUGAAUUCAUCUGAUCAUGCUACAGAACCCGAAGGCUUGUCAGCACUAGAAGAACCUGUUUUCUGCUUUUAUAUGGCUUGAAAACAAGUAUCGCAGACAGGAUGCUGUAAACAUUUGGGAUAUACUGAACAUGACAGUUUGCAACCUCUCUCAUGGCAGCUAAUCUGUUUGAAUGAUAUUAGGAUGUAUAGUUAGUAGUUUAUAAGUAAUCUGGAUGUUUAAAUAUGAUUGAGGCAGAUCUGAGACAAGUCACACCUCUAUUUAACUGGUGAUGGAUAAUGAAAGGCAAGGGAAUAGCACAGUCUCACACAAAGAAACAAACUAGCGUGACAACUAAAGUAGCAGACGAUGAAAAAAGAAGAUUUUAUAUCCGUUAAUAACUUUUAAAGGUAAUUCACACAGGGCAUAUAAAAUGAAUUAAUGAAACAAAUUUGACCUAAUGUUAAGCAUAUCUGCCAAACUACUUAAUAUUUAGAUGAAGGCAAGGAUUGGAUACAUGAACAAUUAGAUUAUGAGCUUGGCAGAUAUUCUGCAAAGUUCAGCAGCCUAAACUUAUAGGAUUCUAUUUAUUGAGGGUUUGACUUAGAGUAGAGUAAAUUGGAUAAAUGUUAUCUGAUGUUGAAAAGACCCAGUUUUGUCUAGAUAUGCUAUGAUGGUAAUUUUGAGUGUCCUGAGCUGGAUACAUAAGGAUCAGUAUAAACAUUUGCCAAACGUUUUUUGGUUUUUUUUUAUACAUUUAUGUGUGUAUUGCCACUGCCAACAUAGAAAGAAAAAAAAGUUGCAAACACAGAAUUAACUAUGGGUGUUAAAGACUCAUAGGCCUGGACUGAAACUGAUAGUUUAAACUCUACCAAAAAGAAAUAGUAAUAACAGAAUUUCACUAUUAAGACUAGUGUUUUUCUCUAAGCACUCUCUUACAGUUAUGGUAGAUUGAAAGCACAGCUAGUUAUUAAUAACAAUAUAUUUCAGUCUUGCUAAUCUCAAGAGUUGAUGUAUGCAAUUAUAUUUCAGAUCUGUACAUAAAUUAAUGUAUAUUGCAAUCAAGGGUAUUUUUUCCAGGACACAAAUACACAACUACAUUUAAAAACAAAAUAAUUAAAAAAAAAAAAAAAGAAGAAGAAGAACCAAAACAAACAAACCAAAACAAACAAAACAAAACAACAACAAAAAAAGAGCACCACAACCUUUUUGAUGCUAACUUUAUACUGUAUCUGUAGUUGGCUUUUUUCCUGGAAAAAUGGACUUUUGGAUUACAUUUUAUUAAAGAAAUUCAUCUACAUAUUUCAAAAAAAAAAAGAAAAAAAGAAAAAGAAAAAGAAAAAUACAUUUUAAAUGCUACUAUUUUCUUGGAAAAUCUUUUAUAAAGCUGAAACUUAAAAAAAAAAAAACACUGGAAAAAAAAAACAGUUCAAUUAAAGUGAGGAAUAUUUUUAAAAUGUCAUCUUGAAACUGUUUUGUAUCAGUAUUUUCAGCACUGUUAUGUUAUUUGUAAUACUAAGUGUAAAUCUCACCCAGAGGAGGAUAUUAGCCACAUGUUAAUAUACAGUACAGCAGUACCUGUAAGACAGAGGUCCUUUGUUUGAUCCUCUUGUGUAUAUACUAAAUCAUAAAGCAAUGGCAUGUGGACAUUCUUUCAUUGAAUUGAUUCCUUUGUACUAAAAAUCUCUAGUUUUUUAAGAGUUUCAUGUAUAAAAUGAUUUAUACAUUUGUCCAAGGCUGUAUGUAUCCAAAGACAUGACACCAGGGGAAAAGACACAUUAUUUUUGCCACAGAAGUACCUUUUUUUUUUCUUUUUUUUUCUUUUUUUUUUUUUUAAGUUUCUGUACAUGAAGCAUAACUGUAAAAUUUCUACUGAAAAUUUCUUCUCGUUACUUCUAUAUUUUAUGGUGUUAUAGAGAGCAUUUUAAGAAGGCGGAAAUCCCCAAAGAAAAGCUAUUUCCAUUUGAGUCAGUGUCCCGUUUUUUUUGAAGCAGUCACUUGGCACAAGAACCAUUAUGUGUGCCCUAAAUACUUUUUAAUAAUAUGUAUGAAAUGGUAUAUUGUCUUUAUUAUGAUCCUUACUUCCCUAGAGUAAGUACAUUCUACAAGAUACCUUUCAUGCAAUCACAGAACAGCUUGGAUUGGAAGAGACCUUGAAGCUCACCAAGUUCCAACUUCCUUGCUGUGGGCAGGAUUGCCACCCACACGAUCAGGCUGCCUAGGGCCCCAUCCAACCUGGUUACUGAGUAGCGUGCAAUAACAUACUAGGACCAAUCAUAAUUAUAAAUUAUUAAGAUGGAAGGAAAACACCUGUCCAACACAGUUCUUAUAUUUAGUUUUCACAACACUGGAGGAGUUGUGGGAUUGUUUGUUUGUUUGUUGUGUUUUUGUUGUUGUUGUUGUUUUUGUUUUGCUUUUUUUUUUUUUUUUCUUUGUAUUGCUUGUGCAUGUGAAUGAAAUAUAAAUGGUACUUCCAUACUGGAAGGAAAAGUCUUUCUACAAAAUCCCUUCACUGCUUAGGGAAUUUGGUAGCAUCUGAAAGCAUUCCAUAUGAUAAAUUUCUGCUGCCUUUUAAAGACAGCCCAUCCUUCUGUAUACAGAAUGAAACAGAUGGCAGAGGUUCCUUCUUUAAAAACCCAGACUGUUAACAUUUUAGUUCAUUACUUUUACUUCCAAAAUACACACAGCUAUGCCAAAUGGACUUUUCUUAUGUCUUUCUUUCUGCAAGCUUUGAUAGUAAGUAUUUCCUAACUAAGAUUUUUGCAUAUCGGGAGCAUUUGAAAGCUUACCUAGACUAUUCAGGUUUGUUCCGCAAGUGCAUUCUGGUUACUACCUAAAAAUUGGUAACUUCUCUUUCCCAGAAGCCAGGGAUUUCUAACUGCUCUUGUGGCAUAACUGUUAUGUCUCCACUGGUUUGAUCAGCACAUAACAUUGACUUCAGUUACGCUACUCUGAAUGAAUCACUUGAUAACUGGGAUUGUGGCCCUUUAGCCCAACUUGUCUCAGCUUAUGGAAAAGGAGAUCUCAAAGAUUAUCCAACAGAAACACCAACUCACAAUCUAGAAAAAAAAUACUUUUUCUUUCUUUCUUUGUAGUAGUAUGCAGAACUAAAACAGCAGAAUACCAUCAACAAAACAACCACAGCAGCAACAAAAACACCAAAAAGCUCCUUAUACAAUUCCAAAGGUCAUAAAUGAAAUCCCCUCAUACAGUAGAGUAACAGUGACUUCUAACAGAACUUUGAAAUAAAUCCAAAAAGUCCACUGGAGUCUUCAUACAAAAUUAUGGGGUGGCUGGAACCGUGAGGGUCUGCGUCUGAGUGCAUUAAUGAAAUAUGUCACAACCUCUUUACUGAUGAUUAUUUAUUUACUUACUUAUUUUCUGAAGGAAAAUUUGCAGUUUGAUGCUUAUGCCAGAUAAAAUACAGAAUACAGUUUGAAAGUACACUGAGGAAAAUGGUAGGGGCCUUCUCUCAUCUUGGAGAAACGUAUAGCAUCCUCUCCAGGAUGCAUUUUAAUCUUCUGUUGUCAACAAGAACUUGACAGAGGUCUCUCAGGAGAAGAGCACACUCAAACCAAGCGGGCCAUAGCUGCCAUUAUAUUCACUUUACUCUUGUGUGUCCUACAUAAGGCACUCCUAACAUCAUUUGGAAAUUUCAGCAGCUGCAGAAUGUGUUUCGCUGGGAUUUAGCCAACCAAGUCAAAGAUAAAAAUGCCAUGUGCUGCUUUAAACAUAGUAAACUCUAGCUGUUUGGAUUGUGCUUUCUCGUAGAUAUUUUUGUCCAAGUUUUGAGAACAUGUACACUGUGAUGCACAUGAUGCUAACUUCUUACAGUGUAAAAGACAGUGGAAAUCUGUCCACUGAGGGGCUCAAGAUUAGCAGUUUAUUUCCUAGGGUAACUGCAUGAACUUCAAGGAUUUUCUAUUGUUGCAAAGGUAAUAGAAAGGGAACUUAUUUAUUGAUCUAUUUUAGAAAUAUUUGGUGUUUAUUUUUUGUUGGAAUGUACUUAAAAUAUUCCUCAGGAAAAAAAAAAAUCUGUAACAUAUUAGUAUCAAUUUCCUAUAACUUCUUAGUAGCCAUGGUUGUCACUUGCAUUUUGUAGUGCUGCUAAAUAUUUUCGGAUGUGCCAUUUUUGUUGCCUUCAUUACCAGCAAAUCUUACUCUUUUUAUUAUUUUUGCCCUCAGUCCUGUAUUAAAGACACAGAGAGGACUGUUGAGGAUUCCUGCAAAAUAAUCCUGCCUAUGUAAAGUAGAGCAGGAAUAAACAUACCUGAAGGUCUCUAUGUGAGCCCUGGAGAUUGAAAACCGAUUCAGAUUUGAACUAGGCAACAUUUGAGAGACCCUGAUGGGUGUGACAAGUGUCAUUAUCUGUUGGUUUCCCAAAUCUCUACAGACAUGACAGAGAAUAAAGUACACCACAAAGAAAGGUUUUUGUUGUGUACAAAUAAUAUUGCCUUAUAUUUUGUAUUGUGAUCCUUGCUGUGCCUCUCUUUCAGAAGCAUUUCAUAUAGAUACGCGCAUAGGCUGACUAUGUAGACAGGCUGCACCACAUCACCAUUUCUUCUUUAAGAAGGCUCCUCUGGAUUCUCUUAAUAUCUGUUCAGUAAAAUGUUUAACCUAUCAAAAAAGAAUCUCAAGCACCUGUGUAGACAAAUAUAUUGCAUGAUUUGAUCCCAUUUUCAUCAUGCUGAAAAAGCCCUAAUAGGGUAGGCAUAAUGUAUAUGGAUAACAACCGUAUUAGUAGAAUUUAAAUUUAUUUUUAUUUUUCCAUUAUGUCAGUGCACUUUAUAUGAGGGCUUAAUGUGAAUUACAAACAAGCUUGCAUUCAUUUUCUUACGAAAACUUGAUUUAAACAGGGUUCAGAAUUUUCUGCUUAAAAUUAAGCAUGUAAACAAUCUCAUCAAAGUAAAAAAGAAAAAACAAUAAUCUGAUUAUUUGGAAAGAUAACAAACAAAUUAUAUAUUACAACAUAAACAAUUUCAUUCAUAUUUAUUGUUUGAAAGGUAUGAUCUAUAAAAAGUAAUUUUCCUUUAUAUAAAUACUCUUUAAGGCUCACAGAUAAGUAGAAAAGAAACAGCCUUCCUGCUUGAGUCCAGCUAUAACAUCGUGCUUUGUUUUCCAAAUCAUUAAUUUUUUUAGAAAUCUGUUUCUUUCUCAUGGCUAGGAAUUUGAAAAAAGAUAAUAAAAGGACUUUGUACAUAUUCCGCACAUUGCAUGUAGAGAUAAUCAACAUUACAUGAUGAAGAUAAGAAAUCAAAAUUCUUACUCAAUGAUGCAUCUGAUGUUUAAGCAAGAUGCUCAAUAGUAUAUAAAAUCCAUGUAAGUGGAGAACAGAUGUUUUGUAGCUGGGAAAAAUUUAGUGGAAGAGUAAAAGGUAGCAGGUUGAUAGCUGUUUUUCCUUGCAUAGCUGUUUUCUUUGAAUUAUGUUGAAGUAAUAUUUGUAAAAUAAACAUCUUGGAGUACAGAAAAAUGAUUACUCAACACCACGAAGUAUGGAUAAGGGUAAUUCCAUGUACAAGAAAAUUUACAUAUUUUUAUUACCACAGUAUCAUGUUUGCUUGAAAUAUAAGCAGAACAACACCAGUACAUUUUAACAAAGGAAACAAUUAGAAGAAAAGAGGGUAUUUAUCUAAAAAGCCUUGCACAUCAUGUAGUCAUUUCUAACUUUCUGAAAUAGGUUUAUAUAACAGUAUUUAAUGAGGACAUAGUAGUGCUGUUAUGCUAGGUAUCGAGGUUCUCUAAAUAACAAGUAAACAUUGAAGGUGGCCAUGAUCCAGAUCGUAUAUCAAGAUCUGCAUCAACUUUAAAGGUCUUUUUUUUUUUUUUUUUUUUUUUUUUUUGUUUAUGUCUUUAGUUUGUUUUUCACUUUCCAAUGAAGGCCCAUGAUAAUUUUGAGAAAAUUUUGCACAAAUAUCUCCAUAAACACUGUGGCUUACAUGAAAUUCGAGCUGACAUGGAGAUAUUAUAUGGUUUUGAAAAUUGUACCUAUUCCAUAAUUCUAACAGAGUUCAAUAGAGAGCUUUAGGCAUGGCUUUGUUUAUUUUGGGGGGUUUUUUGUUGUUGUUGUUUUUUACUACAGAGAAUUCUGCUUUGUGUAUUAACAUUAGAAAUUUUAUGAGCCUUUUCUCAUUGUCUACAUGGUUAUGACUAUCUUGCUGUUCAGGAUGGCAAUCUUUUAGAAGUAGUCCAGUUCUAAAUAUAAAAUUUGAAGGACUAGUGAUUUUUGUUUUAUAUUAUGGUAAACAUCCAUUCAAUUUCAACAAUACUGCAGCAAUGUUGUAAACAGUUUCUUAAACGUAAUUGACAAACCAAUAUAUAUUACAUGAAUUAGGGGCUUUAAAAGAGUUACAGUGGUGAGAAAUGGAGGAAAAUAUUCACAUAAAUAUUAAGAAUAAAGUAUAAAUAAAUGCAUUGUUGGAGAACAUGGAAAAGAUACCAGUUCUAUAUGAGGCAAUGGAAGACAUUUUGCUGUCCAAGAUUUCACACUGAUGAUUUAGAAUAUAACUUAAAUUUCAAAAGAAAGAAAUUCUAAGAGACAACACACUUAAAAAGGUAAUUUAAGAUCAAGUUGGAGUUGCAUUUACAGUAGUGAAGGUAUCUGAUCCCCUAGUAAUUAGCUUCCAGUUAAGUUCGGAGAAAAACUUGUGUCUAAGAUCUCAUUGGACAAGUUCAUUAGUGAUUUUUAGUGUUUACCCUACAAAGCCAUGAAUUAGUUAAAUCCCAAUUUUCAUUUAACAGGUAAAUAUUACUAUAAUAUUUUAAAAUGUUCAAGGCAUAAUACUGCCUAACCUUUGAUUUGAGUAUCACCAUAUUCUCUGAUUUUCUUCAUUUGUAUUCUGUCUUUUAAUAGUUUUGAGUUUAUGUUACUCAUGUGCAAUAAGAACCUGAUUGUUUCAAAUUCAAUCUUUGUGCACUGACUGAAAAAAAAACCACCAACGAACCAAAAAAAAAAAACAAACAACAAAGAAAAACCCACCAAACAACAACACAGCCUUUGGAAACAAACACUUUGGUCUCUGAAGAAUAUCAAGCAGCAAUCUGUUGUUUUUUUAAUCGGAUUACUGAGGAUAUAAUUUCUGUGAGUUACUUUGAAGAGUUAUCGCACUUGAUUAAACAAUACUGCAGGAUUCUAUUCAUAUUAUUUAAUGGACAUUUGUUUGUUCUUAUUUCUAGUUGACAUAAUUUUUACUUUUACAUUUUAUGGGAAAAAAAAUGCAUAUUAUUUUUUGAAUAUUUAUAUGAACUUUCAAUUUUAGAUCUUAAUGUAGAAGUGUACAUCCAGUAUUUCCAUUCCUGAUGUUAAUAUAAAGGGCUCUUACACUUUCAUUUCCCCUCUUCAAAAAAAAAAAAAAAAAAAAGAUAAUAAAAAAAAAAUUGGUUAAUAAAAAUCCUGUGUUAUUCUA